GAAGUCACUGAGAGCCGUAUCUCCUCAGGUAGGUCAUUCAAAGGCCGAGGGGCCCUGAUGAAGAGAGCACGGUCACCUUUGGACUUUUAAAACAACAAGCAGGGCUCAACUUGAGGAGCCAAGGCUGCAAACAGGCACAUUACAGGAUAUUUCUACCACACUGGAGUCAUUUCUCUACACUGAUGCUCAGCUGGACCUGUGUGUUUAAAAAAAAAAAGCUCUUUGUUCAGACAAUAUAUUGAGCUAACACCGGCUAAAUGGACAAUGGUGAAACAGUGACAGAAAACAAUGCACAGCCUGUGGCUUCUUUUAAAACGCUACCUCAGUCAUGCACAAAGCCCCGGGGCAUUUUCCUGAAGUAACCAAUCACCUAUAAUCAGCACAAAAUACACAGACACACUGAUUCUUUUUUUCUGGUGCAUUUGAAAGUUGAGAAAAUGAUGUUUCUCAAAAAAUGAAUAGGCCUUUGUAAACACAUCAGGAUAAUGAGUGCUUCUCUGCUUUCAAGUCGCACUCUGUUAAACAAAGACAAAUCCCAGUUUUAAACAUUCAUGUCAGAAUCUAUAAUUAACCAGGACGAGAACUAUUAAAGGGUAAAAAGCAGGAUAUCGUGAUAGUAUUUAAAAGCUGAGCAACGCUGCUGCUGCCAAACAGCCCGAUACAUCUGGAGAAUGCAGUCGACAAUGAAGCUCUUCAUGCCUUGCCUCCUUCUUCUGCCAUUUACAACUAUGGUGCUAACAUCUCCAAUCAAAGGUGCACUCGACACAAGGACAGCACCUUCAAUGACAGCACAGAGGAACCCUCCAAGCAGACCUCUCUAUACAGACUCCAGAGAUAUGUCAAAUUCACAAUCCUUAGAGGUUUUUGACCCAAUUGGAUUUACAGGAGUAUCUGUUAACAAUGGAGGUGGAGGCACAGUCAUAGGCCUCCAGAGCCAUGAGAUCAUGAUCCCCCAAGCUGUGAUGAUUAAAAACACACCGUCACCAAGGCAAACAGGGGCAGACAAAGACAGGAUGGACCCGGUGGAUGUGAGCAGAAGACCGGGUCCGGACCACGCAGGCAGAGAGCGGACUGAUCUCCACAGCCAGGAGGCAACAACAGUGGAUACUCAGGAUGGAAAUAUUUUGGGAAAACAAGUUAGACGCUUGAGUGGAAGCAAAGUGAGCGAUGGAGCUCAUCUCCAAAGAAAGGCAGAAAGAGUUAAUGGGUCGGAUGUUACAUUGGCCCCAGGCCAUAGCAGAGUAAUGCAAGACCACGGCAGUUUGGAGCAGAACAAUGGCAGAGUGGCUACAGUGGGAAACAGUACAUAUACAGACUAUGAUGAAACCAGGGAAUACAUCAGCUCUGAAACUUACCCAUUAGCGGCAGAACAAAUACCCGGUCACUUGUCUGUUCCAGCCAAGAUCCAACCUUCCCCCUGAUCACGUGAAGAUUCUGUCCCUUCCCCAUCAUGAGUCAAGGGCGGCCAUCUGUUGACUCACAGAGGCCAGUUAGGAUUCUUCCACAUACAGUCGCUCCUGGGACUUUUUGAUCCAAAUUUAGGUUUUUAUAUGAUUUUUUUUGUUUUUUUAACGUGUCUGGAAAUAUAAGAAAAAAAGAGAUUAUGACAAUUUUGUCUGGGCCUCAUGGAAACUCGUUAUUCAGCCGAGGCUUGAAUUUGUUUUCCUUUUAUCUCUGUAUCAAGUCUUUGUACGUGUUCUGCAUUGUGGAAAUGUGUAACUAACCCUCUUAAAUAUAAAACAAUAGGACAGAAAAGAAUGCUUUUUUUUUCUCCACUUCCUUGGUUUUAGGAUGUUUAAUAGAUAGUUUUCUUAAAUACAAAUACAUAUUUCAACACAGCUCAAGAUUUACAAAAAAACAAGAAUGUAAUACAGCUAACAUCACAUAAAACACAACAUAACAAAUGAAUAAAUUAGAAAUACUUUACUUUUUCCUUUAAAAUAAUAUCUAAUACUGUUAUUACCUAUAAAGCUGCAGAAGUGUAUAUGGCAAAUUAAGAUUUGUGCACGGGAGUGUGUAGUAUAUUGUGCUCAUAGCUUUUGAAAAUAGUUACAGUCUUUGUUGGGAGUUUAUUCUCCUCUGUUUCAUUUCCUAAAGUGCUGAAG